CAUCUAUCUAGAUGAUAAUGGUUAUUAUUUUCUGCUGCAUCACUUGAACUCACAUUGCUCAUGAUCUCAACUCAAAUCCUUUAAUGGAGAAUCUUCUUCCUAAGGUAUCCUUGCGUGGUUACGAGGGGACAAGUCAAGAUGCCCACGCAGGAUGGUUGCUUGAACAAACACAACGACAACCACGAGAUCGAGGGGACUUCAAGAUAGCCAUCAUAUGUGCUCUUCCUCUAGAGUUUGAUGCCAUAUGUCUACUCCUCGAUGAGCUAUGGGAUAAUCACGGGCUCGGAUAUGGUCGCGCACCAAACGACUAUAAUUACUAUAUAACCGGACGAUUAGGGGUUCAUAAUGUCGUUCUACUUCUGCUCCCCGGAAUGGGGAAAGUCCAUGCGGCAAGUGCGACAAGAGGUCUUCGAAUCUCAUACCCGGAUGUCAGAUUCGCUGUACUUGUUGGUAUCUGUGGGGGAGUCCCGAUAGAAUGGAAAAACGGCGAUGAGAUCCUACUAGGCGACGUGAUUGUAUCCGAAAGGCUCGAGCAAUUCGAUAUGGGCAAACAAUACCCCGACGGAUUCCAAAUACGAACAGACCGCAGCAACUCGCUCGGGAAGCCGGCCAAGUCCGUCAUGAGUCUGUUAGCAGGCUUAACAACGCAGUUUGGUCGUGCACGCCUUCAACAGCGCACUGCUUUCUUCCUCGGUCAGCUGCAGAGUAAAGCUGAGGAUCUUGGCCGUCGAAGUUAUGCGUAUCCGGGAACAUCGCAAGACAAACUGUUCAACAGCAACUAUCCACACCAACAUUACGGUCCUGUUGGUUGCUCAUGUGGUCGCCCUUUGGGGCCAAGGCAUCGUGUUUGCGACUUGGCAUUACUUUCAUCUUGUGUCGACACAGGUUGCGACGAGGAGAAUCUGAUUUCGAGAGUUCGCUUAGAGAUGAGACAAUCUCUCGAAAAGGAGCAAGACUCCGGCUUUGAGAUUCAACAGCCGGCCAUCAUGUUUGGUGUUGUUGCGUCUGGAGAUACAGUCAUGAAAUCAGGGUCUGAUCGAGAUCGUAUCGCGAAAAAGGUCAAAGCUCUAGCUUUUGAGAUGGAGGGUGCUGGUUUAUGGGAGGAACUUCCUUCCAUUGUCGUGAAAGGCGUAUGCGAUUACGCGGACAGCCACAAGAACAAGAAGUGGCAAGAUUUUGCGGCUGCAACGGCUGCCGCAGUGACUUGUGCAAUUCUAGAGAGAUGCGAGCGGAAUGAUGACCCUAGAGCCGGGGUUCUGGAAAAUCCUAUAGUCGGAUUCAUGCACCCAACGAUUGGUGGUCCGGGUCAACAAUCCCUUCCUCUACAGCGCCUGGCGAGUCAACAAGCUAUUUCCCAUGCACCAGCAAUGUUUGGAGGGGACGAUUUUCCACUUCAAGAAGCUCUUCAAGUACUUCCAACAGAGAUACGUUCUACCCUGAGCACGCGUUUCGAUCAAGAGACUAUCUCUACUAAAUGGGCAGAGACCAUUCUAGCCUUUUUAGAAUCCAAACCGGAAGUCUCCAAGACUUUGUCAAAUACCGCUCCUUUUGGUAGAUUUACAUCAGGUCUACAUAGACAUCUCUGGUACCAGGUUUUGUCCGACGAUGACCAGACCUAUGAGCAAGUGACUAUCGAACACGAGACUGUGUCUCUUUCAGUCCUUGGGUUCCUUGUGCGAAAAGAUAAGCAAGCCCCCAAACCCUCUAAGAAACAGGUCCGGAACAACAAGUCACCUCCUAGCUUGGAGGGGAAACUUGGCAAUGCCCGGAUCGUUCCGGCCGUUCCCUUGAAUCUAAAUAAAGACUUGAAGUCUUCCUCAGUCACUUUUGCCAAGCAUAGGCGGCUGUAUCUUUUUUACUGCGUUUCUCCGGAGAGCAUCAAUGACAACUCCUUAUCCCAGCAUCAAGCUUUUAUUUGGUCCUUAAUAGUACAGAUUCUUCUGUGGCGCCCGAGAUUCAGGAACCUUUUCUUGAGCUGGUUGGGCACCGUGAAUCUCACGCACACGCCUACUCCUUCUUUUUUGGACCGACUGACAGUGUUCUUUCAAUCCUUGGUCGACCUAAAUGGAGCCCCGGUUGUCAUAUCCGUCUGUCAUGGCGAAUGGCUGAAUGAUGACUUCCAUCACCAGUCAUCUCAGUUCCUCGCGGAUCUUUAUAGUGGAGAUCUCACCAAAAAUGUUCAAGUCCAACUAAUCAUUACCGUCACAUCCGUAGUGACAGCUCCGUCCUUCUUAAACCCCCAUCAAGUUCUAAACAGAGAGACCGAAGCAAACGAAUGUUUGUCACUUUUGAAGUUUGAAGGACAGUUUCUCCGCCGUGACGAAGUCGCCACUGCUGAGUCAGGCACUAAUGACUGGAUCUGGGAGCAUCAAGCUUUCAUUUCAUGGUCUCAGAAAUCGUCGGGCAUCCUCUGGAUAGAGGGUAAAGCUGGGUGUGGCAAAUCCGUCUUGGCGAAGACCAUCCGUUCAAAGAUCGGACAGACUUGGAAGUCUAGACUGCAAGGUGUUCCUCUACCACCAAUAAGCGACUGGUUCUACAGCACACGUCAUGGUGAUACGACCAAAUCACAUAUUCUAUGUCUCCGCUCCUUUCUCAGUCAGAUUCUUGCGCAGAAUAAAGCUUCGUUCCACCAGUAUUCUUCUAUCUAUCGGCAGAAGGGAGAGAACCAGGAGAAAUGGACAAUUGAUGAUUACGAAGGGAUACUGCUUAGUCUCGCUUCCCAGGGGAUUCCAGCAGUAUGCAUAAUAGACGCCAUGGACGAAUCUGACGAUAGCGGCGGCACAUACGAGCUGCGCUCUCGCAUCAUCAACCUGAUGGCAAACUUAUGCCGCGAAACACGUUCCUGUCUACGGUUCAUAGUCACAAGCCGCUACACCGCGGAUAUGAACCGCGCUCUUCGCAAACUCUCUCGGGAUGAGGACCUCUUGUCCCUUGUCGUAUUGGAGAAAGAAAACAGAGAAGAUAUCGCCAUAAUCAUAGCCAAUGGCCUUACGUCUGUCAAUGACGCAAUCAACGCUUUUGAGUCCGAUGGCGAGGAAGAAAUGGAUUUUACCUUCAGUACGCCGCAGAGGAAUGGCGAGGCCGGGAUCCUUGCCAGGAUAGGCGAUCAUAUUGCAGAAAAUGCAGACGGUGUUAUUCUAUGGGUCAAACUAGUGAUGCAGGCCUUGAUAGGUCGAGCACGGCGAGGAUUCUAUACUUUGGAGAUGCUAGAGUCAGAUCUCGAGGCUCUACCUCAUGACCUUGUGGACUUCUAUAGAUUCGCCGUGAGUGAGCUCGAGGCUCGCUUUUCGCUUGAAGAGUUAAGGAUCACUAGAAGUGCGUUGAUGUGGGUAGUUGGGGCAAGCACACUGCGACCACUGGCAUUGGAUGAGCUCUUCGAGGCGCUUGGUCUUGAGACGGAUAAUAAGGCACUUCUCACUCCCAACAUGGUUUGGGACACGAGGCAGGCUUCGCAACUCCAAGCAAAGUCGUGGCUUGGAUUUUAUCGCCAGCUUCGUUUCAGAUGUGGUCCAUUCAUCGAACUCAUACUACCUCAAACACAAUUCGUCAGGUCUAAUUUCCGGGAGAAUACGGAAAUAAAGCCGCACUUCACUGUCCAGCUCCUUCACCGCACAGUCAAAGAGUUUCUUCACAAUCGAGAGGGGUCGGGAGUUUUGUCGUUCUCUCAAGCUGAAGCAGAGUAUCUAGUCCAGCGGUCUAUGAGAUCGUACCUUGCAAGGGUCCUACCCUCGAACGAAUCAGCACACAGUCCAGUGCCAGCCAAACUUGGCGACGACUUGGAGGUUACGGUCAGAGCCAUGUCGGAGUAUCUCGACAAGAAAUUUCUCUUGGAUUUCGUGCUCACUAAUUUGCCCGAGGAAGAACUACUCCGCCACCUGAUGAUCUUCGAAAAGAGCGUCAAUCCGAAUCUGAUGGAGCAAAGGGAUAACUGGCCAUGGAAUGAUUCGCUAGAACAUAUUGCAACAAGAUAUUUGCGGUUUGCAUGCGAGAACGGGUUAGCGAGGACGAUCUUGAUCCAGCUAAGGAUUGCCUCGAUCUUGCUUCUAAGUUGGCCCACAUCACUGCGAUAUGGCCCUCUAGCAGUUGCCCUACAGAAAUGUGCACGAGAUUACUCUAGGCAGGCAGCAACAGCGCCACAAGAGAGUCUGGGAAAUCUCCGCUUCCAAAGAAAGGAACUAGUGGAAGCCAUCGAUAUGUUGGUCACCUUUUCUCAGCACGAGCAGAAUCUCGAAUGGGAUGCUUGGGCUCCCGCGAGAACGAUGCCAUUUUGGCCUCAGAACAAACAGACCAGACUUACCGUACCAGACCGUCGUGCUUUGAGUAAUGUGCUCGAAACUAUGGAAAUUUUCGAGGGAAGAAAACCAAAGACGAAAGACAAGAGAACGACGGGAAGAUCAAAGGGCCCCAGUUGAAGGAGGGAGUUAUUUGUACGAAGAAAUCUUUUGCGCUUAUCAUUUAAGUUAGACCAUCUACCUUAUAUAUAUAUGUACCAGCAUAAUCUUCCUAUUGCAUCAAGCUUCUUUCUUGCCGGAAAAAGUCCAGAUGGGUCCCUUUCAGUAGCUAGGCAGCACGCAUGUUAUAAUGGCGCGCUAUGAGCCAGAGGCAUUAUUAUUGUGCUUUCUGACCGCCAGCGAUGGAGUCCAUGAAAUAGAGAUACUCUUCGGAAACCUCCCAUAGAGGCAUGGGGGCGUGCUCUAGCCUCGAGGAAGAUACCACGCGUUGAGCAAAUCAAAUCUAUGACAGCCGUAGCGUUACCGUUUCGAUCCCUCCCUCCAUGCGAAGGGCGCAGUAAACACAGGAAAAGUCGAGUCUGAAGAGAUCUGGCCGUAGACCUCCUAGGUUCUGUGACUGAUCGCCCCGAGGGCAAAUUCAAAGUGUGCGGUACCCCCUAGAGUACCAAUAAGAGGAGGAGGUAGAGAUUUCGUUCUGGAAAUUGAGAAUACAAAGUUGACACAAUUCAAACUUGGAAUAGAGCCAGAACUUCCCUCUUCACGUAGUCAUAGUAAAACAACAUUGAAAUAUAGCUGGGCAGUACUGUGGCAUCUGCCACACUGCGAC